UCUGACUUCAGUUUCCUUUGGUCAACGCGCUCGAUGGCAUCCAUAUCGAAAUCGGAGGCGUCCUACAUUCACACUGGGCUGCUGUCUGAACCGCCAUUACGCGCAGAUGGACGCGCUCUCCACGAGUUUCGUUCAGUCAGUCUCGAAACCGGGGUCGCGCCGCUUGCCAAUGGCUCCGCUCAUGUUAACAUCGGAAAAAGCUUACACAACGGUGGUGGAGGAACAGAGGUGCUUGCUGCCGCGAAACUAGAAGUGGAGAAUAUCGGGUCAGGACAGGAAGGUGUUGAGGGCGGCCGAGUAGUCUGCAGCGUUUCUUGCUCACCUGCUGCAUACCCCCACGUCCUUCCAUCCGCCCUCGACGAUCUCCAAGCUGAUCUAACAACGGUUCUCCACCAGACUCUCGCACAUCGCUCACUACACCCAUCUAACCUAACAAUACUUCCCGGGAAAAAAUCGUGGGUGCUGAAUCUUGACUGCGUUGUUCUUUCCGAUGCGGGAAACAUCUAUGAUGCGCUGUUUAUGGCCGCUCGGGCUGCUCUUUGCGACUGCAAAGUACCUCGAACCCGUGGUGUUCAGUAUAAGGCGCCGUCUGGCUUGAAAAAGAGCGGCAAACUAGGCGAUAUGGAGGUAGACUCUGCUCCUGAAAGCGGUUUCGAUACGCGAUCUAUGGCUCGUGAUGUGGAUUUCGAGCUGGUUGAUACAUGGGACGAGGGCGAGCAAUUGGAUGGGCAGAACCGCUGGCCUGUGUCCGUCACCCUCAAUGUUCCAACGCCGACCUCUGUCCACUAUCUCGAUGCCGCACUACAAGAAGAAGCAGCCACCCCCAUGCGACUAUUACUUGCUUUUUCGUUCCAAUCAGCAACCCCACCUAACUUACACGCAAUGCGCACUCUUGGAACGGGAGAGCUAGAACUUGAGCAAUUACGAGCGUUAAUUGCGAUUGGGGAAAAACACGCAAAAAAGUUGUGGGACGCAUUGAACGGUAAACUGAAGGAAGAAAACAUUCGGCGAGGUGAGAAAGCUCGAGCGAAUUUUGCUCGUCGUUAG